AUGGCGCCACGACAUCCUGAAAUCCUGGAGGCGCACAGGCUGGAAGCAAACAGGGCCAGUCCGGUAACAUCACAGCAGCUGAUCCAGUUUGUCAAGCAAGGGGCUGAGGCUCAGGGCAGCAGCACCAGGGAGAGGUCCCUCCUGUCAGUUGAGAACCGACCUCGACCACCAGUUGAAGUUCCCACAAGAGAUCACCACAACCUCCCAAUGACAAGUUAUCAUGCUCUGGUCCACCUCUACCAGGAUGUGUAUUCAUUUUGCUUUCUCGUAGCUUGGGACUGUAAAACUGUGCCUGGUAAGCUGAAGCAGAUUGAUGCUGGGACAGGCCAGGUGUUUGGAGUGAAUGAUGCCAAUGAUAUCUACACGCUGUAUGGCAACACCUGGACACAGUUACCAGGAAAACUCAAGCAUGUCACCGUAGGUCCUGCUGGAGUCUGGGGGACUGCACCCAAUGACCAGAUCUACAGACUCGUUGGAGGACAGUGGUCACAAGUAAAAGGCAUUUUAAAGCAGAUUGAUGCAGGAGGUGACCAGUUUGUGGCUGGAGUCAAUAGGUACUACCACAUUUUUUGCCUUGGAAAAAGUGGCACAGUCCCUAUCAAAGGACCAGACAGCCGUGUGCCCUGGGUCCGUGUUCCAGGAGGACUGAAUUACUACAGCUGUGGACCAAUCAGCUGUUGGGGUGUGACCGGAAGAGACCAGAUCUUCAUCAGGAAGAAGGUGACACCUACCUCAUGUGCUGGCCCAGUGAAUUGGGAACAUGUUGGGGGAUCUCUAUCCAUGAUUGAGGUAUCAGCUGAAGGACAUGUCUAUGGUGUCAACUCUAAUGGAAAUGUCUAUAUCAGAAAUGGAGUUACGGACAGUAACCCAACUGGUACAGGCUGGACUGAAGUUGGCCUGUGUUUCAAGGCCAAACAUGUGUCCUAUGACCUGGGUCACCUGUGGGUCAUUAAGAAAGAUGGUUCCAUUAUGAAGUGUGUGUGA